CUAACUUCGUCACAUGGUGUCCAUUAUUCUUUCCACAGUGGCCACUGCUAUAAAGGAGGUUUCGACCGCAAGAAAGCCAAUUCGGUUAGUUAAACACGCCGCAUCAACAUGAACUUCAUAUUAAUCCCAUUCUUUCUAGCGGCCAAUAUUCUCGUGGAUCGUCCAAACGAGUGGAUUUUCGGCCCGGAAUAUGUGUUCCACGCGAAUCUCACGUAUCUGUUGUCCGCCGACGUUCUAGACGAGCCACUGUUGAUCAUAAACGUGACGACCACGAUGAGAUGUCGGCCGGAAAUGAUUGACAGGUUAUACUGUCGUUUCGAGGACGUGGCAAUAGCGGAAAAGCAUUAUCCCGAGACAAGCAGCAUGGAAUAUUCCUUUUUGAUCGAAUUCAGCCCGCAGGGUAUCGAAAAUCUACGGUUUCCAACGGUGAUCGAGGACGAACAAUUGAACAUCAUACGAAGCAUCGUGAAAGAAUUGAGCGUUGGAACGGAUCUGAGGGAAAAUGUGAACUCGAUGCCGGUAUUCUUUGCGAGAGAGAGAUACGCGUUGGGCGAUUGCCCUACCUUGUUCAGCGUUUUCGAAUACGACAAAGACGAGAACGUGGUUGCGCAUGGCCAAACGAGGAACGGUGGAAGGGGAGAGGAGGAGGAGGAGGAGAAAAAUUACGAAUUAGAAAUUCUGUCGUUGCCACGACGACGAUCGAACUCUGUCGUCGUGAUUGGGAAGACUAUGGAGAGCAAGAGGUGUACGAAAUUACAGGAACCGGUUGAUGGAAAAUCGGAAUUGAACAUUAAGAUCAGCAAAUCUACGAGCAAGAUGCACGUGAGCGACGACACGUUCCGUAGUCGGACCGAGAUGCACGUCAAGAUGGUGAAUCUAGCGGAGAGAGAUUUUAUCGUGAAGGAUAUAUCAUCCGUGGAGUUGGUGGACAUAGAGCCUGCCAAAGAGCCGUUGCCAUUUUUAAAUUACGAUUACGUCGUGAAUCUACGUUUCAGAGAAGGAAUGAAACACAAUCUAGUGAUAUAAAGGUUGAAAUAGAAGAAUGCGAUUUUGUUUUGAAUAAAGAAUAUGAAAGUAUACGGAGAAAUAAUGUAUAGUAUAGUUGUAUGAAGUGAUUCCACUUGAAUAUUAAUAUAUGAUUUGAUAAUAAAGGAAAGAAAUAAAUUUUUUAAUAUAUGUAUAUACGGAUAACGUGAA